AUGAAGGAGUCGCGUCGCGAAUGUAGCGACUAUAUAGGAAAAAUCCAGUUCCAUCGUGACUUUAUAGCGAUCGCGAAACUGGCGAGAAAUUUCGCGAAUGUGUUAUUAUUAGUACGGGUAGUUGUAAUGAACGAUGUAGAAGGUGAUUGUGAAGAACUGAAUAAAACAUAUGAGAAAGCCAUAGACGGUAUGGCAGACACUGAAGAAAUGAAUGAUAAACAACAACAUGUUCUCUCAACUAGUACCAUCAAAGAUCAUCAAUCUGAUGAGUUAAAUAAGAUGAAUGAGUCGAAUAUGUCAAUCGAUAAUGACAUAAUAUUACUGGUUGAAGAAUUAAUCGAACAAAUAGUUUCGUCCGCUUCAUCUCCAAUUCCUAGCUCGAGUAGUACAGAAUUUGUGACAUUUGUCGUUGACGAUAUAACUGAUCGUCUGCGUUCGUCAACAUUCCUAAAUAAAAAUGGAGAUGAGACACCAAGCGCAGCAACAACCACAACAAGUGGACCAAAUUCAUCAUCAUUAAGUAGUUCAAUUGUUGACGUUUCCACCUGUAUCACUCCUCGUUCGAUAUCUCCACCCACUACAACAUCGAUGACUGAUCCUCAUUUAAUUCCACCAAUUGAUAAACAAAUACUCGACGAUAUCGAACUUUAUUCUAAAAAUGUUGCCAGUGAUUUUGUCCAGUGCAUUGAGCAAAUGACACAAUCAUUACAUCAUAUGUCAGCAAUAAGUGUUUGUUGUCUCCAAACUUAUCGCGAUGUUGUUGGUGAAAAAUUAAAUGAAACUAUAGAAAGUAAUAUAAAAACAAUUUAUGCCUUAAUGGCACAGGCCGAGCAGUUGAGUAUUCAACUAGCACCGAUAUAUGAAUUACAAAAAAAAAUUAAUUUCAUCAAACAAUUGCUUGAUAUUUUACAGCAGUCAAUAUAA